AUGUUCGGGAGAUCAAUCAAAACUAGCAGAUUUGCGUCACGGCAUCUCUGUAAUUUAUCAUCCUUACAAAAAAAUCAUGGGCUGAUGCUACCAUCCAAACGGACCUUUCAUAAGUCACUCGUGUGCAGAGGGUACGAAGAAGAGAAGGCUAUUUUAGAUGAGAUUGCUCCGCUGCUAACAGAACAGGAUAAAAAGACUGCCAGUGUGUUGAGAAACAUCGGUAUAUCCGCCCAUAUUGACUCAGGAAAAACAACCUUCACCGAGCGUGUACUUUUUUACACAGGUAGAAUUAAAGCAAUUCAUGAAGUUAGAGGACGUGACAAUGUUGGCGCAAAAAUGGACUCCAUGGAUUUGGAAAGAGAAAAGGGUAUCACAAUUCAAUCUGCAGCAACGUACUGCUCAUGGGAUAAGGAUGGGCAAAAUUAUCACUUCAACUUGAUCGACACUCCUGGCCACAUCGACUUCACAAUCGAAGUCGAGCGUGCGUUAAGAGUACUGGAUGGUGCUGUUCUAGUUGUGUGUGCUGUGUCAGGGGUGCAAUCUCAGACUGUUACGGUAGAUCGUCAAAUGAGACGUUAUAAUGUUCCUCGUGUGACAUUCAUUAACAAAAUGGAUCGUAUGGGGGCAAACCCUUUUAGAGCUAUUGAACAGAUCAAUAGCAAAUUGAAGAUUCCCGCUGCUGCUAUCCAAGUUCCAAUUGGUGCAGAAUCCGAUUUGAAGGGUGUUGUAAAUAUCAUUGAUCGGGUCGCCCUUUACAACGAGGGCUCUAAUGGUGAACAUAUUACUACUGGACCCAUUCCAAAUGAGCUAAAUGAUCUUGUAGAGGAGAAAAGGGCUUUAUUGAUUGAGACUUUGGCUGAUGUAGACGACGAAAUUGCAGAAUUGUUUCUUGAGGAGAAAGAGCCUAGCGUCGAGCAAAUUAAGCAGGCUAUACGCCGCGCGACAAUUGCAAGAAAGUUUACUCCUGUUUUAAUGGGUUCUGCUUUGGCUAAUAGGGGUAUUCAAAAUGUAUUGGAUGCGAUUGUGGACUACCUACCAAAUCCAUCUGAGGUUUUGAACACAAGUUUGGACCUUUCUAAGAAUGAAACCAAAGUUAAUCUCGUACCAUCUGUGCAACAACCAUUUGUUGGACUAGCAUUCAAACUUGAAGAAGGUAAAUAUGGUCAGUUGACCUACAUCAGAGUUUACCAAGGGCGUCUAAGAAAGGGUGGAUACAUAACAAAUGUCAAAACGGGAAAAAAGGUCAAAGUCUCUCGUUUAGUUAGAAUGCAUUCCAAUGAGAUGGAAGACGUUGAUGAAGUUGGUUCAGGGGAAAUUUGCGCCACUUUCGGUAUCGACUGUUCUUCAGGAGAUACCUUCACUGACGGCACAUUGAAUUAUUCCAUGUCCUCUAUGUAUGUUCCUGAUGCUGUUAUAUCUCUGUCGAUUAUGCCAAAAACCAAGGAUUCCACUAAUUUCUCUAAAGCAUUGAACAGGUUUCAAAAAGAGGAUCCCACUUUCCGGGUAAGAUUUGAUCCUGAGUCGAAAGAGACAGUCAUCUCCGGUAUGGGUGAAUUGCAUUUGGAAAUUUACGUGGAAAGAAUGAAGCGUGAAUACAAUGUGGACUGUGUUACUGGUAAGCCACAAGUAUCCUAUAGAGAAUCGAUUACCAUCCCAGCUGACUUCGACUAUACCCAUAAGAAACAAUCUGGUGGUGCAGGGCAGUAUGGUAGAGUGAUGGGCACUUUGAGUCCCCUUGAAGGAUCUAAUGCUAACGAAUUUAAGACUGCUAUUGUUGGUGGACGGAUACCCGAUAAAUACUUGGCAGCAUGCUCGAAGGGUUUCGAAGAAUCAUGCGAAAAGGGACCGUUAAUUGGUCACAGAGUAUUAUCUGUUAGUAUGUUGAUCAAUGAUGGUGCAAUUCACGCUGUAGAUUCCAAUGAGUUAGCAUUCAAAACUGCCACCAUGGCAGCCUUCCGUCAAGCUUUUUUGGAUGCACAACCGGUUAUUUUAGAACCCAUCAUGAAUGUUUCUGUGACUGCUCCCAACGAAUUUCAGGGCAAUGUGAUUAGUUUGAUGAACAAGUUACAAGCCGUAAUUCAAGACACUGAAAAUGGACAAGACGAAUUUACGAUCACAGCAGAGUGCUCUCUAAACACAUUGUUUGGGUUUGCAACUUCUUUGAGAGCAUCAACUCAAGGUAAGGGAGAAUUUUCUCUUGAAUUUAAGCACUAUUCUCCAACUUCACCACACAUGCAGAAACAGUUAAUCGCUGAAUUUGAGAAAAAGCAACAACAAAAGAAAUGA